UCUGUAAGAGAAGGCCAUAGCCCCAGGAAAGAACGAUAAUAUAACCAUUCUCUCAGCGUAGGAUGAGCUCCCAAAGAGACCUUGAAAUACUCCCUUGAUCAAAUUCUGUCAUUUUCUCAACACAAAUCAUCACCUUGACAUCCUUAUACGAAGCUCUCUGUUAUCUUUCCUUCCUUUAGACCUUUUCUAUACAGACCUUUCUAUACUAUUUUGUCACCCGAAGGCCCGACAUAUAUAUACAUGAUGGCCAUCAACUCUGCCUCCUUUGUGGCUUUGUCGUAUCUCUUCUCACUCCUUAUGGCCUUCCCCAUGCCAGAUUCCCCUCAGACUUCAUCAUCGGGCUUUCGACUAUUCGAGGCUCAUCAGGCCCCAAGAUCAUUCACCAAAAGGGAGAUCCCUCAGUCACACAAGCACACCCUUAACUUGAAGAUCGCCCUGAAGAGUGGCGGCAUGGACCUUAUCAAGAAGAGGCUCGUCGAAACUUCCGACCCCGAGAGCUCGUCCUACGGCAGGCACUUGACGUUUGAAGAAAUUAGGGAUCUGUCUGCGCCUAGUAGCUCUUCACUCGAGGCGAUCGUCAAGUGGCUCUCAUCUCAUGGGUUUGAUGAAUCAGCAAUGGACUGGAGCCAUAGUAAAGAUUGGGUUUCCCUCAACCAAGUCCCACUACAGAAAGCAGAAGAGAUGCUCGAUACGACCUAUUUUUAUUACCAGCACGAUGAUGGGGAGAUGCUUUUGAGGACCGAACGCUACAGCCUGCCUGAAGAAAUUCACUCCCAUGUUGAACUGAUUCAACCCACUACUAUGUUUGGAAGGUUAGCGCCGAAGAGGUCGAUGUUCACGAGCGAAAUGUCAAACCAACGCAAACACAAAUCCAUUGCGAGGAUUCGUAAUAACAGAAGAACCUUUCCAAUCUUUAAUACCCCGGCGCCAGCUCAGACAGCAGUCAAUACUACAGCCUGCAAAGAUCCGGCGAGCGUCACAAACGCCUGCCUACGCGAAUUAUAUCAAACCGACUCUUAUCGGCUUCAGACCCAAGGGAAUGCCAACAGGAUCGGCGUGACCGCGUACAUUGGAGAAAGGGCUAAUUACGAAGACUUGAAAGACUUCUUGAUGAAUGAAGGUCUUCCUACUACUAAUAACUUCACCGUCGUCUCUGUCAAUGGAGGCCUUAAUCCUCAGACUCAUACCGUCGACGAGCUCGCGCGUCAUGUGGGUGUUGAGGGAAAUUUGGAUAUUCAAACCACGAUGGGUUUCACUGCCCCGAUGCCCAACAUUUUCUACACCACCGCUGGCUCGCCGCCUUUCCAAGCCGACUUGUUCACGCCUACCAACAGCAAUGAACCUUACCUCGACUGGCUUCUUUACAUCGCCUCUCAACCAGACUCAGCCGUGCCUCAAGUGAUCUCAACAUCUUAUGGUGAUGACGAACAAACUGUGCCCGCGAAUUAUGCCAAGCGAGUCUGCGACCAACUUGCCGCAUUGACUGCUCGAGGAGUGUCUUUGAUCUUUUCCAGUGGUGACGAUGGGGUUGGUCAAGCGGGCACAUGUCUCUCAAAUGACGGAAAGAAUACACCUAGAUUUAUGCCUAUUUUCCCAGCCACUUGCCCAUAUGUCACUUCCGUUGGAGCUACGCAAAGAUUUCACCCCGAGGAAGCCGUCUCAGUAGAUGGGCCUGGAGGAUUUCCGAGUGGAGGCGGCUUUUCCGAAUACUUUGACAGACCUCAAUACCAAUCUCAACAGGUCCAGACCUAUCUCAACCUACUUGGCUCAAACUACACCGGAUUGUAUAAUCCUAAAGGGCGAGGAGUUCCAGACGUUUCUGCCCAGGGGGCGAAGUAUCUGAUGACUUGGCAAAAACUGCACGUACAUGUCGGUGGUUCCUCCGCUGCUGCCCCAACUUUUGCGUCCGUGAUCGCUCUUUUGAAUGAUAAUCGGAUUGCGCGUGGGAUGCCCGCCCUCGGAUUUUUGAACCCGUGGCUAUACUCCCAAGGAUACAAGGCGUUGAACGACAUCGUGAUUGGGAGCUCAAGUGGCUGUGGUACCACUGGUUUUGCCGCUGCGAAGGGGUGGGACCCUGUUACCGGGCUUGGGACACCGAAUUUCCCAGCGAUGCUACGCGCGAUGCCGGCCCAGGACACGCUAUCUUCUCGCCCCGACCCCACCUACUGCAAGUCUAGCAUCAUGAGCAUGGUCAAUUGCCACUUAGGCUGGAGGGUUCCUGGUUUCUAGUAGAGGCUCGACAGCUGCAUACCUCCAAAUUUUUUAUUUUUCUAUUCACUUGGACAGUUUAACAGUAAACAAACUUAUUUAUGCUCCUGAAAACGGACUUACUUUGCUUUGUAUCUUUUAAUGUUUUGGAUGAUUACAUUAUUUUAAUUUACUUUAUCUGAACAUUGUGUUCCCAAGCUCGGACAGCUUCAUG